CCUACACUCUGCUCGCACCAUGCUUAUCUUUGCAUGACUUCUUACGAUACAACACUCCACUUACUGACCUAUCAUGCAUGCAUACACGGCAACACUAAUGAUUAACUGACUGCCACACCUCACCGUAGUUUGGUAUGUUUAGUGUUCUUGUUAGUUUCCAAUAAAUUAAGGUUAUUUUGCUUUAACUCUGUGUGACCUCCCGUUAUUUUCCAUGGUCUGUGAGCCGGACAUGACACGCCCGCUCACAAGGUAAGGUACCUAGGUCAUUCUGGUGCCCAUGUGAGGCUGGCACCCAUUGUACAUACAGUGAUAUCUUCCUCAUUCCAAUGCAAAUUAAAAUCCCAGUUUUACCAAAGUACCAGUUUUAUCAGAUGCCAUGUUACGUGGAGGAGUUAACUUUAAUUUUGACUGAUGGACACUCCCAUCAAUGAAGAGACCAAUAUAUAGAGUAGACCAACACAUGUACGUUGAACUAUUGACCGUCAAGAUGGUGAUUGAAGUCAUUUUUGUCGCGAUGUGCCUGCUUGUGCCUCAAGCAAAAGGACUGCAGUGCACCACGUGCAAAGAUGUGUCUGGAUCUUGCAAUGGAGUGGAGUGUCCCGCACUUGAUUACUCUUGUGCCAGCAUCAGUGUUACAACUGUAAUAGGGGGUUCAACUACUGAAGGAAGUAUCAAAAGCUGUUUCCCAUCUUCACUAUGUCUCAAUGGUUCCCUGAACACAGGAGCUCUAAGGGUCACACUGAGCACCUUGUGCUGUAACACAGACAACUGCAACUCCGGAAGUCUUCCAGCUGCAGUAAAUAACACGGCCAAUGGGAGGCAGUGUUUCACCUGUGGCUCAGCGGACUGCUCAUUAAAGCUUCAAUGUGCCGGUGAUGAGGAUCGCUGUUUCAAUGCAACAGGUAAUUUAGCUGGACUGAACGCUACCGUAAAGGGCUGUGCCACCCAAAGUGUCUGCUCUGGAGCGUUUUCACAGGCACUGGACUCGGUGGCUGCGGGACUGCGCUGCUGUGAGGGGGAUCUGUGCAACAGUGCCUGGAGUGCUACACACAGUGUCCUGUUCCUGCUGUGGCCUCUGGGCUCUGUUCUGCUCUUCCACUGAGCUGGCUUCAUCUCAGGGUGACUCCUCUGCCUGGAGAUGGGCUGCUACUUUCAACACAAACUUGUC